AUGUUAAUCCGGAAUUAUUUAGAUCAAAAUGCUCCAUCUUUACAAGAUUUUGAUCAACUUAUACAAUCCUAUCAAUUAGAAUAUGGUAUUAUCCUAUUAAGAGAUUAUCAAAAAUUAUUAAAAAUGUAUAAUACUACUGAAAUAUCAUUUCAUGAAUUUAAAAAUCAUACAAAUUAUUUAUUACAAUAUAUAUGGGAAAAAUUACAUACGGGUCAUUGGAAAAAUGUUCAUAUUUGUUGGCGUAUAUUAUAUUCAUCUAUUAAAUUAUUAAUUGUAUUAUAUUAUUUAUAUAAAAGUAAUAAUAAUGAUGAUGAUGAUCCUAAUUCUUAUCAGUUUGAUCCUGAUCAUCCAAAUGAUCAUGAUCGCGAUCAUUAUCAUCAUCCUUUUAUAGAAUUAAUUAAAGAAUUAGAUCUUAGUUUAAUUAUGGGUUAUCCAAUAUUUAAUCAAUUCGCAUCGAAAUUAGCUUCUAAAUUACAUCAAAUUAUUCUGAUUAAAAGAAGAUUAUGUAAUGAAAAUGAUUUAUCAUUAUCUAGAUUAUUUCAAUUAGAUGAUCAUAAUCAUGAUCCUGAUAUUGAUCCUGAUCUAGAUCAUGAUCCAGAUCGAUUUAUUCAAAUCAAUGAACAGAUCAAAAUCAAUUUGAAUAAGUUAGAUCGUAUUAAUUGUCCAAGUAUUGAAUUAUUUAAUGAUUUAAUAAAAUUUAAUAAACCAUUUAUUAUAACAAAUGCAAUCAAUUUUUGGCCAGCCUAUAAUAAUAAUAAUCAACAUAAAUGGACUAUAAAUUAUUGGUUACAUCAUUAUGGUUAUCGUUUAGUUCCUAUAGAAAUUGGUCAAAAAUAUACACAAGAAAAUUGGGGACAAAAAUUAAUGACAAUUCAUGAAUUUAUUAAUCAUUAUUUUAAUCAAUCAAUAAUCAAUAAUGAGAAUACAAUGAAAGGUUAUUUAGCCCAAUAUGAUAUCUUUACACAAAUACCAGAAUUAGAAAAUGAUAUUUAUAUACCAGAUUAUUGUUAUGUUACUGGGGGUAAUGAACCAAUCAAUAAUAGUGAUGAUAAUGAUAAUCAUCAUCAUCAUCAUAUUGAUACCAUAGAAACAAAUAUAUGGUUUGGUCCAAAAAAUACUAUAUCACCAUUACAUCAUGAUAAUGAUCGUGCGAAUUUAUUAACACAAAUUCAUGGUUAUAAAUUGAUUAUAUUAUAUUCUAGCUUAGAAACAAAGAAUUUAUAUCCAUAUAAUGAUAAUCCAAUGUUAUGUAAUACAUCUAAAAUAGAUUUAGAUCAUUUGAAUAUUGAUUUAAUGAAUGAAUUUCCUAAAUUUCAAAAUGUUCAUGGUUAUUAUAGUAUACUUAAACCGGGUGAAAUGUUAUAUAUACCACCGCGUUGUUGGCAUUAUGUUCGUUCAUUAACAGCAAGUUAUUCAGUGAAUUUUUGGUGGAAUAUUUCAUCAUCAUUAAUACCAUCAUGGGAAUAAUAAGUAUUAUUAUUAUUAUUAUUAUUGCGUAUGGA